AUGGCUAGCAACAUCAAUCUGUUAAGUGCUACUUCUGGUCCUGAUGAAGAAUUGCGUUUGAAAGCCUUGUCAAUGUUAGGGAAAUUAAACAAGUAUUGGAAUCCGUUUGAUAAGAGGGUAGAGAUGAAUAGGCUAGUGAUGGUAGCUGGUGUAUUUGAUCCGAGCAAGAAGAUGAAGUGUGUCAAGGGCUUUUUUGAAAAACUAUAUGAAAAAGGAAGUCAUGAGGCUGUUCAUCUUAACGGUGAGAUUUUUGCUAUUUUGAAGAAGUUGUUUGGUGAGUAUGACAGUGCAUUGAACAAGAAAGGAAGUGAUGAAUCGGGUGCAUCGAAGCAGUCAAACAUAACAUCUUCUAGAUCAAGUCAGUUUGCAGAGGAAGUUUCUAAGAAAACUGUUCUUGGUAAUGGUCUACAAUAUGAAAGAAUGAACGACAUUUACAAUGAGCUGAUCAAAGAAGAAUGUUUUCAAGAGAAGUUGAAUGAAUUGGAUUUGUAUUUGAAAGAGGAUGUCGAGAAUCCAAAAACUAUGUACGGGACAGAAUAUGAUGUGCUUUCUUGGUGGAAGGUAAACAGUGGGAAGUUUCCAGUUCUAUCUGUCAUAGCAAGAGAUAUACUUGCAAUGCAAGUGUCUUCAGUAGCUUCAGAAUCAGCGUUUAGUACUUCUGGUAGGGUUUUAGAUCCAAGUAGAAGCUGUUUGACUCAUUAUAUGAUAGAGGUGUUGAUGUGCACUGAGCAAUGGCUCAAAUGUGAGCUUAAACUGAAUGAAAGAGGAAUCAUACGAAAAGAGCAACUACAGGCUGAUGUUGAGUUGCAAGAUUAA